GUUCUCCAGCAGAGCUAACGAAACAGAAUUGGCCCAACUCCCUAUAAAAAUCGAAGCCAAACUUCGAAAUGUUAUCAGUUGUACAACAACCAGAUACUCGACUCAACAUGAAGAUCAUCAUCCUCGCCGUUGUCAUUGCCGCCGCAGCUGCUGCCAGUGUCUAUCCCCCAAAGCCGGCAUACCCUGCCCCAGCUUACCCCGCACCCGCCUACCCAACAAAGAGCUACGAUUACGCGCCGAUGCCGUACGAUUUCGCCUGGGCUGUGAAGGAUGACUACACCUACAACGACUACGCCCACCAGGAGACCUCCGAUGGUAAGGGCGCCGUCACCGGAUCUUACCGCGUCCUUCUCCCCGACGGCCGCACUCAAACCGUCAACUACAAGGCUGAUGACUACACCGGCUACGUUGCUGAUGUCAAGUACUCCGGAGAGGCUAAAUACCCCGAAUACAAUAAACCCGCAUACAAGGCUGCCGCUUAUCCCGCACCAGCUUACCCCGCACCAGCCUACCCCGCCCCAGCCUACCCCGCCCCGGCCUACCCCAGCAAAUACUAGGCGACGACAUUGAAAUGAAUGGCCUCUUCUGUCAACGGCUGUAACUUAAAAGAAUAAUUUAAACAUCUUGAAAUAAAAAAUAAAACGAUUCUGUUUCGAAUAA